AACGAAACAACAAAAUUCGGUAGGCGCUCCUAAGAAAAAUCCGUAAAUCCAACAAAAUAACAGCCCGCCGUGGAAGAAAUUUGAAUAAAUAUUGUAAUUUUAAUGAACUGAAACGCGAAGAACGCGUCGGGCGCGUGAUACUACGCAAGAAGAGUGAGUGAGAGAGUGCGAAUGAAAAUAUAAAAUUUUCAAUGUGUAGCAUACGGGCGUGUGCGUGAGUGAAUCGGGAAAUAUGGCGAGUGUGUUUUUAUAAUCCAAAACAUAUCUAAAACUACACUUUCUUCAUGAAACUUCAAUGAAACCACAAAAAAUUCUAUUUUAAUUUGUUAAAAUUUGUCUUUGUCUUGGAUAAAAAAGUAAAUUGUAAAUAUAUUUAGAAUUCUUCGUAUUAAAUUUUAAUCAAACGCCCAAAAAAAAUAUUAAGAAAAGAGUUACCAACAAAAAUUCCAAAGAAAGGAAAUGAAAAGUUGUCAAAAAUACCAAAAUUUGCAAUCAUUUGGUCCAAAGGAAAUCGUCGCGACAACAAGAACAAAACUUUGGGCAAAACGAAUUUGUAAGGAAGAAAAAAGAAAAGGACCGGCAGCUCAGAGAACCACUCCAAUGAGAUCCCAUUGAGUGUGCAGAGAGCAAAAGGACGUGACGAGAGAGACAGACAGAGCGAGAGAGAGAGAUAGAGAUAGAGAUAGAAGCAGAGGAGCGAAAAGAACACCAUAAGUCAGAACGGUAUAGCAUGCGCCAAUGAGAGCGUCCCACCAGCUUAGAGCGUCCGAUUUCGUUGACUACGCUGCCGUCGUGGGAGUGGGAGUGAGAGGUGGUGUGGGACUGGGUCUAGGACUGGAAUUGGGCGAAGGAUCGUAUUACAGCAGCGAUCUAACGGCAUUUGUCGUGGAGCAGGAGCAGCGCCAGCAUCAAAGGGAAGCAGAGGCAGCGGCAGAAGCAGCAGCAGCGGCAGCAGCAGAAGCGGCAGCAACAAUCAAACGAAAACGUCAAACAGAUUGCGAUUGCGGCUGCGUGGAUUCGUACAACAUCAGCCACGGCCCGACAGCAGUGCAACAACAGCAGCAGGAAGGAGGCAGCCAUCAGCAGCAACAGCAACAGCAGCAGGUGCCACACCACAGCAACAGCCUCAAGACGGCGCACACAAAGGUUGCCACAUCGGGGGGCCAUGCCAAUACGCAGCCCCCCAGCAAAAGGUCGAGCAGUGGUGCCGAUGGCGACUAUCAAUUGGUGCAGCACGAGGUCUUGUAUUCGCUGUCAGCUGAAUAUGAGGUCCUUGAGUUCUUGGGACGUGGCACCUUUGGUCAGGUCGUCAAAUGCUGGAAGCGUGGCACCUCGGAAAUCGUUGCCAUCAAGAUACUGAAGAAUCAUCCAUCGUAUGCACGUCAGGGUCAGAUUGAGGUCUCCAUUCUGUCGCGUUUGAGCCAGGAGAAUGCCGACGAGUUCAAUUUUGUGCGUGCCUUUGAGUGCUUUCAGCACAAGAAUCACACGUGUCUGGUGUUUGAGAUGCUCGAGCAGAAUCUCUACGAUUUCCUCAAGCAAAACAAGUUCUCGCCGCUGCCUUUGAAGUACAUCAGACCCAUUUUGGAGCAGGUACUGACGGCCCUGUUGAAGCUGAAGCAAUUGGGCUUGAUUCAUGCCGAUCUGAAGCCGGAGAACAUCAUGCUCGUCGAUCCCGUGCGUCAGCCAUAUCGCGUCAAGGUGAUAGACUUUGGCAGUGCCUCGCAUGUGAGCAAAACUGUGUGCAACACGUAUCUGCAGUCGCGCUACUAUCGUGCACCAGAGAUCAUACUGGGGCUGCCCUUCUGCGAGGCCAUUGACAUGUGGUCGCUGGGCUGUGUGGUGGCGGAGCUCUUCCUGGGCUGGCCCCUGUAUCCCGGCAGUUCAGAGUUCGAUCAGAUCCGGUACAUCAGCCAGACGCAGGGUCUGCCCACGGAGCACAUGCUGAACAGCGCCUCGAAGACAUCAAAGUUCUUCUACCGCGAUGUGGACUCGACGUAUCCGUUCUGGCGCCUCAAGACCACCGAGGAGCAUGAGGCCGAGACCAAUACGAAGAGCAAGGAGGCCAGGAAGUACAUCUUCAAUUGCCUGGAUGACAUCGGGCAGGUGAAUGUGCCCACGGAUCUGGAGGGUGGACAGCUGCUGGCAGAGAAAACCGAUCGAAGGGAAUUUAUAGAUCUCCUUAAGCGCAUGCUGACCAUCGACCAGGAGCGACGUCUCACGCCCGCUGAGGCAUUGAAUCAUUCAUUUACACGACUCACACAUCUCGUGGAUUAUGUUUAUUGCAAUAAUGUGAAGGCCUCGGUGCAGAUGAUGGAAGUGUGUCGUCGCGGGGAUUUCCAUACCGUACAACCUGCUUCUACUUUGGUCACCAAUUUCGUGCCCAGCAGCACUGAGAAUAUGACAUUUACGAUCAACAAUCAGCUGACCAGCCAAGUGCAGCGUCUCGUGCGUGAUGGCCGUCCGCUGGCCUACGAGGGACUCUAUCAGAUCUACAAUGGCAGGAGUGUGGCGCGGCAGUAUCCCCAGGCGCGCACCGACAGCUUCCAGCAUCAGUUGGUGUCGAAUAUUCUGUGUCCGCCGUCGUACCAGGCAAUGGCCAGUCCCACGAAGCACGUUGUGGUGGGCAGUGCCACCAUGCAGCCGCCGUUGCAAGUGCCGCCGCAGCAGUAUGUGAAUGUGCCAGUGCCCGUGUCGAUGGUGGAGCCCUCAUCGGGUCAGCGGAUGCUGCUGACGAAUCGCGUGCAGGCGAGUGGUGUGGCCUGGCCGCAGACUGGCAGGCAGAUGGCAUUGGUGCCGUCGUGGCCGCAGCAGGCGCCGGCGCAUUCGCUGAUUGUGGACUCGACGCCGCUGUUCAAUGUGGAGGAGAUUUAUCCCAAGCAUCAUCUCAAUUUGCCACGCAAUGAUCUCAAAAAGGAAUCGCCGGCUCAUCAUUUAGCCAAGGGCAACUCUUAUCGCGUGCCGCGUCAUGAGAAGAAGGAACACCAGCAGCUGUCGCCAGUGAAGAAGCGCGUGAAGGAGAGCUCACCGCCGCAUCAGCAGCGCUAUCAGCGAACGGCACACGUGUCGCCGCAGUACCACACGCAUCACAAUUGCAAUUAUGGCAGCAACUAUGGCAGUGGCGCAGGUGGAUCAGUGGUGGCCUCGUCCGGCGGAGGAGGAGCCUCUGCGAGCAAUAUUCCCAGCAGUUCGGGUGGAUCGCAUCAUCAUCAUGGCGCACCGGUGGCGCAUGUGCCGCAGCCGUAUAGCGCCUCAUCGGGCGGUCAUCACAUUGUGAGCAAUUGUCAGUCGAAUGGUGGCUACCAGCAGCCGCCGUCGCAUGCCCCACAUCAGCAACAGCAGCAGCACCAGCCGCAGCAGCAGCAACAGCAUCCGCAGCAGCAGCAGCAGUCGCAUGUGAAGCAGCAGCCGACGAUCACCAUACAUGAUACGCCCUCACCGACGGCAGUGAUUACCAUUUCGGAUAGCGAGGAUGAGGGUGGGGAUAAUGGUGCAACGACAGCAGCGCCAGUGAAGCAGCGAGCGCAUGCGCAGUCCCAGACGAGCAGCAGUCUGAUGCAGCAGCAGCAGCAGCAGCAGCAAUCGUCUGUGCCACUGCAUUGCCAGAGGAGCAGCAACCAGAGCAACGUGCAACAGCAGCAGCAGCAGCAGCAGCAAUCGAUCAAUUAUGGUGAACACGAUCCGGACGAUGCCCGUCGACGCCACCACGCAGCAGCAGCGGCAGCCAUUGCCGCAGGAAGCCCCAAGCAUCACCAUCACCAGCAGCAUGCAUCGUCCAUGCAACCGCAACAGCAGCAGCAGCAGCAGCCACACUAUCAGCCGCAGCAGCAGCAGCAACAACCACAACCACAGCAGCAGCAGGUGCAACAACAACAGCCGCAGCCGAACAUCAAGUACGAGCCGGGACAAUCGCAGAAGAAGCGCAUCCUAGCGAUGGCCCAAAGCGAAUGCAACUACCAGCCGCAGCAGCAGCAACAGCAGCAGCAGCACGUGCAACAGCCCCAGCCAUCUGCCAGUCUGCCGCAUAUUCCGCCAAAGCAGGAACCGGCAGAGUUCUAUCCGGAAUAUGCACCACAGCAGCAGCAGCAGUUGGACACAAAACGCUCCUCGUGGGCACCCACAUCCUCCUCGGCUGCACCGCCGAUGGCGCAUCCCAAGCGAGAGGCGCCCUCGGCUGCGCCCAUUAGCUAUGUGGCACCCGCUGUGGCGCCACCGCUGGCCCACUCGAAGAGCGGUUCGUCGUCGUCUUCAUCGUCGAUCAGUGCUGCAGCUGCCGCGGCGGCAGCCGCUGUGGGACCACCCUCCUGGGGUGCACCUCAGGUCUACCGCCAGCCAUCGCAGCCGCCGCCUGGCAGUGUGGCCUCCCAGCCGCCAGCUGCGCCGCAUCACCAUCACAGCAGCCACAGUCAUCAUCAUCAUCAGGCUGGCACUCCACUGGGCGGCUCGCCUUCGUCCACGGCAGCGGCGGCCAUGCUGCAGACGGACAUCUAUGCACAGGGCGACAUUUAUCGUCGUCCGACCACGGUGUUUGUGUCGCAGGCGGCGCCCAGUUAUGCGUACGCCAACAGAGCAGUGGUGGCACCACCACCAGCACACAACAGCAGCAGUCGUCAGGUGAUACCAUCGCAUCCGUUGCCAGCACACAUCCAGAUACCCACGCAGUACAGUCAAUUUGGACCACUCAGUCCUGCACAGGUAGCUGCCGCCGGCAAGCAUGCGGCGCACUUUGCGCCCACCAACAUAUGGUAUGGGGCUGAGUAGGGAGCCACGAAAGUGGGUGACACGAACGAACAGAGGGUUAGGCGAGACGAGACGAGAGGGAGAUGAGAUGUGACACCAGCAAACAGCAAACGGCAAACUGCAAACUGCAAACACCACCAAUCAUGAUCUGAGAUCUUGAGAGCUCAAGACACUCAUUUGAAAUGAUUCAGCGCUCGAAUCGUUUGUGGCCUCGGUUGAGGAAGGAGUGGAUGACCAACGCCAGGAGCUAGAGCAGCAGCAGCAGCAACAACAGCAGCUACAGCUGACACAAUGCUGGUGGUUUAUGCUGCUGAUGCAACAGACGAUUAUACAACACAACAGCAACAUGCUGCAGGCGGAUAGCGAGGAGUCCAUCACAUCAGGAGAGACAUCAGCGGCAGCAUCGGUUACAUCUUCAGUUGCAACAACCACAACAUCAUCAGAAGCAGGAGCAGCAGCAACUGCCUCUGUUUCAGCCACAACAGCAUCUACAUCUUCAGCGGCCUUGAACAUAUUUUGCCGAAGAGCACGCCGCAAGCAUUGAGACAGAUAGAUCAGACAUCGCCUCGUCGCCAGUUCUUUCGUUAUCUUUGAACAUAAAAGAGAUAUUUGUUUCGAUUUGGAGGAGGAUUAUUCCAACAUCAUUGGAUUAACCUUUACGAUUAUUCAGUUUUAUUAUGUUUUAUAAUAUUAAAUAAUUGUAAAUGCAAAAGCGAAGCAUUCUUACACGCUCGCAAGUGUAAGACAUGCAUUAGAGCCCAUAGAGCUUCUUCACCUCCUUUUUCUCUCACUAUAUAUAUAUAUACAACAACUGUAUUCUAUAUAUAUAUAUGAUAUGUGCGUGUGUAGUUGUAUCUGUAUAUUCAGAUAGUUGUUUUUUCCCCACUCUUCUACAAAAAACGAAAGCGUUUCAUUCUCUAUGUGUGUUGUUGUGCAUAUUUUAUUGAUACAUCAAAAUAUUCUCUACAUAUACGAUACACACUAUUAUAUACAUACAUAUGCAUAUGUAAUACUAUAAUUAUGAAUACUAAAAUAUCAACAACAACAAUUUAAUGGCACGCCAGCGACACACUAACAAACAAACAACAAAAAGCUUAGAAAUUCCUUAGACUCUUAGAAAGUACCUCAAAAACCACGAAAUACGAAUACGAGCAAAAAAAAAGAAGUAAUGAGCAGCAAACAAAAUGCAACAAAAAGCAACAACAGCCACUAAUGCAACGGUAACACCAACAACAAACAACAAUAUAUUGUUAAUGCAAUUUGCCUUUUACACAAACAAGCAACAAGAACGAA